AUGGGACCUUUAUUUUUGGUUUCUAACCUUUUAGUAUUACUUGGUUAUAUCCGGUGUGCUUUGCUUGGUCUUGAUUAUGGUCAAGAAUUCAGUAAAGCCAUGUUGGUGUCACCACAUGCACCUUUAGAAUUGGUGUUGACGUCCGAUUCGAAGCGUAAAGAUGUGUCUGGUCUGGCUCUCAAGAGCUACAAAGAGAGUGUGGAACGAGUGUUUGGAUCGGGAGUGGAUUCUGCGCAAGUCAAGACCCCAAACGGUGCACUUUUGCAUGUCAAAUCGCUGCUAGGAAAGAAAAUAGACGAUCAGUUCAAUGCGUACCAUAAAGCACACCCAGGGGUCAAGUUUGUGGCUACAGAACGUGACUCGGUUGCAUUGAAAAGUUUGGGCCAACUCUACCCUGUAGAAGAGGUUUUAGGCAUGAAUUUGGACGAAACUAUUGGCAGAGCUAAUUCGAUGCUAGUGAAAGAAAAGUCGAUUUUGGAUAAGGUUGACUCGGUAGCAAUUACGGUCCCAGAAUAUUUCUCGCAGGAUCAGCGAUUGGCUUUGAUUUCUGGUGCCCAACUGGCUCAAAACAACAUCAAAACUGUCCUGGUAAAUGACGGGUUGACGGUUGCCAUCAAUUUCGCUCUCAAACAACGCAGCGACUUCUCAGCGGGCGAAGAAAAGCAUUUCAUGUUUUAUGACAUGGGUAGUGGCUCGACUCGUGCCUCUCUGGUCUCUAUAAAGCAGUCCGCAAACUUAUCGCAACCAUUGAUGGUGGAAUUGUGCGGGUAUGGUUUUGAUGCAGGGCUAGGCGGAUCUCUGCUUACGCAAAAUGUCGCAGAGCUUCUGGAAAUCAAGUUUCUGGAGCAAAAUCCAACCAUCAGAACACAAGUCCUCGAAAAUGAUGCAAGAGCGUUGGUGCGUAUUCGUCAGGCUGCGGAGAAGGCAAAGCUAAUUUUGAGCGCCAACGCAGAUGCUUCUGUCAAUAUAGAGUCCCUUCACAAUGACAUCGAUUUUAAGACCACUGUCACGAGGUUAGAAUUUGAGCAGUUUUCUGAAGACUUGGAUACCAGAGUAAUCGCACCGGUUUUGAAAGCCUUGGAUACUCAGUUUUCAGAUUCACCAAUAAGUUUUGCAGAUAUUGAUUCGCUUAUUUUGACUGGUGGCGCGACAAGAACUCCUUUGGUCCAAAAACAACUCUCCGAGUAUUUCGGUGAGGACCUCAUCGCCAAAAAUGUGAAUGCUGACGAGUCUUCCGUUGAAGGAGCAACUAUUAGAGGCAUCCAGCUAUUCAAAUCUUUCCAUACUAAGGCACUUGAUGUUAUCGACCGUUCGGUUUUCACCUAUUCUGCUGUUUUCAAUGAAACAGAAGGACCGCGCGAAGUUUUUGGGAAGGGCUGUCAAUAUCCAAACGCAACCUCAUACUUGACCAUACCGGUAAGGAACAUCAGUGACUUUUCCAUCGACUUGCAGGAGGAUGGUAAAAUAUUCAAGACGCAUGCGGUCGAUACAGGACCUAUCGUUUCGAAGUUUCAACAAGAUGCUUGUCCUCAUGGAGUCACCUACAAUGUCACUUUCUCGUUGUCUCAAGAUCGACUUUUCGAUAUCGCCUCCGUAGAAGCCAUUUGCAUUCAGAACUCCAAUAAUGCCGCAGGAGUCUUCAAAAAGCUUUUUUCUGGUUUCGAAAUUGGCCAAGAUGGUGUCAAUUCAGAAGAAACAGAAUCCAGCAAAACCGUUGAUAAAAUCAAGAAACUUAAAACCGUUGAAGAGUUUCCUCGCCUGAGACCAAUAAAUGCCAGGGAAAGCGUCGCACUCAGAAAACAUAUCGAAGAACUUAAUAGCCGCGACACCAAACGUUUUAGAGUUCAAGAACUGAUCAACGUUCUGGAAAGUGACUUGUACGAUGCAAGGAACUAUCUCGAAGAGGAAAACAUCACUUUGAAUGGUCCAAGUGAGGAAGUCGAUAUGUUGACAACACUUGUCUCUGAGUACUUGGAAUGGCUCGACUAUGAAGCAGAUGAUGCAUCACCGGAGGAACUGUCGAAGAGAAUCGAAACGGUCAAAAACUUAAAGAGCAAAAUUACGCUGUAUAUCAACUCAGCCGACGAACCUCUAGACCUCAAUCAAUUUAGCCAAAUGUACACCAAUGGCACUGAACUUAUCGAAAAGCUGAAGGGUAAUAGGGUGAUGGAAAACGAAACACUAGAGGCUCUUCGUGAAAGUUUUGACCUAAUUGAUUUGGAUGUUACAAAAGAGUUCAAAAAAAUCAGAACCCCGCGUCAUCUGUCUUCCCCGACCAAUAAAAUGAGGGACGUCCUUGAAGGCAUGGAGUCAACAUUGGCAGAAGUUCGCAAAAUUGAAAAUCUCGCUUCUUUCGACGAGGUUUCAAGGGAAAAGCUGUUUGAACUGAAACUGAAAUUUGACUCCUCCUAUCAUGAUCUCAAUAAGUGGGUUGAGUUCGAGCAGAGCACUCAAAAAUUCAAGGUCAACGAGUUAGUAUCUCUACAUGCACGUCGUCAGAGGGUCAUUAAGAAGCGCGAAGAACGCAAAUCUUUAUCUUCCAGUGCCACUGUUGGAGGUUCCAAUACAACAACCUCUGAUGACCAACAAUCUGCCACAACGAGUACGCAACUUGAACAUGAUGAAUUGUAA